AUCGCGUCGCACGAUACUUAAGCGAGACGCGUUAUUGACUUCGGUCAUGUGACCGUGGCUGAGCCCCGGACCCCAGUGGAGGCGAUUGGGGAAGUCGGGCGACAGCUCUCGCCGCAGCUGCCAGCAUCCUGCCUCAGCGUAACAUAUGGCCUUGGCAAGUCCAACGAAGCCAACUCCCAACCCCCGACCGUGAGCCGUCAUACUUGUGACCAGCACACUUGACGCAAGCUACACCGCCGACCGCGAGGUCUGCCCACCAUGGGUCGCACGAAACGCAGCCCCACGACGUCCUCGGACUUCCUCUAUGCAUCUGCUAUGUUCCUGUGGAGGUCCGCAAUAACCAUAUUUUUCCGCGAGGUCAGACCCAGAGGCGCGUUCCACAUACCUCAAGAGGGACCGGUGAUAUUCGUAGCAGCGCCGCACAACAAUCAAUUCGUAGAUAUGGUGCUUGCUCUUGAGGUAUGGCGCGAGACCAGGCGCAAGGUGCAGUUUCUGGUAGCCGCCAAGAGCAUGAAGCAGAGGGUCAUUGGUUUCUUUGCGAGGAUGGUUUCAAGCAUCCCAGUGGUCCGUGCAGCGGAUGAAGCAAAACCCGGCACAGGCUACGUCUCACUAUCUGAGCAUGACCCGUGCAUCGUCGUAGGUCACGGCACACAGUUCACGAAGGAACUCGGCCCUCGCAUGCAAAUCAUGCUCCCAAAGUCCGUGAAUGCGCCGCUCGCAGAGGUCCUCGAGGUCAUCUCCGACACGGAGCUCAAGCUUAAGAAGGAGUUCGGCGGAGAUGGUGGGAAGGGCACUCUCAAGAUCCGCCAGAAGGUAUUGGAGCUCCAAGCCCAGAGUGAGCCGGGGUUGGAAUUCAAGAAAAUACCGCAUCUGGACCAACAGGACAUGUACCACCAUGUCUACCAAUGUCUGACCGAAGGUGGCUGUAUUGGUAUCUUCCCGGAAGGUGGAAGCCAUGACCGUGCCGAUUUGCUCCCACUGAAAGCCGGAGUCUCCUUGAUGGCACUGGGUGCCAUGGCCAACAAUCCUAGCCUCAAGGUUCAGAUUGUGCCCGUUGGGAUGUCCUACUUCCACCCGCACCGAUUCCGUUCAAGAGUAGUGGUGGAGUUCGGGACCGCUUUUGACGUUCCGCAAGAGCUAGUGGCACUGUACAGGCAAGGAGGAACGGAGAAGCGUCAAGCAGUCGGCCAGCUCCUCAACCUCAUCUACGACGCGCUUAAGAUCGUGACUGUCAGAGCGCCUGAUUACGACACACUGAUGCUUUGUCAAGCCGCGCGACGCCUGUACGACAUCCCAGGGCAGCAUACGAGUUUAGGCCAAGUUGUCGAGUUGAACCGUCGCUUCCUUGAGGGCUACUUGCACUUCAAAGACGAGCCCAAAGUCAAGAAGCUGCGUGACGACGUGCUCAAGUACAAUCGCAUGGUUAGAUAUCUCGGCCUCCGCGAUCAUCAGGUACCACGGGCACAGAAGGCUAGCUGGAAGACCCUCGGACUCCUCAUCUAUCGCCUGGGGCUACUACAAUUCUGGAGCGUGUUAGCACUUCCCGGCGUUGUGCUGAACGCACCGAUCUUUCUGGCUGCCUCCGCAAUGUCUCGGAAGAAGGCCAAAGAGGCGCUGGCCGGUUCCGUGGUUAAGAUCUCUGGCAGGGACGUCGUGGCGACAUGGAAGAUCCUCAUCUCGCUCGGACUGACCCCGGUGUUAUACGGUUUCUACGCAUUCAUUGCGACCAUGGCCGCGAUCAAAUACGGUGCGCCAAUCAAGUGGCAGAUAUGCACGCCGGUGCUCGUCAUGCUCGCGCUGCCUUUGGUUGCAUAUGCCGCGCUGAAGUUCGGUGAAGCUGGCGUGGACGUUAUGAAAUCACUGCCCCCUCUCGUCGUCGCAUUGAUCCCUGGUCAGUCGCGCUCGCUCGACCGGCUCAAGGCGAUGCGCGUACAGGUCACAAAUGAACUUGUGGAGGUCGUAAAUGAGUUCGCACCCAAGCUAUAUGACGACUUUGAUGAGCGCCGUAUGCUGGUAACACCAGUGAGUCGGCCUGGCCUCUCCCGCCGCAGGAGUGGUGGCGCUCCAUCACGGGCACAAGGCACCUUGCUGGUACAUCCAAUGACAUGGCUGGACGAACAUCUCUUUGGCUGGAGUCCACGACCGUCGCGAAGUUCAGAGGAGAGCGCUGGAGUAACACCCUCGGACGACGGGGAGGCCGACGACGAUAUCCACGAGCACUGUGACUACGACAACGUUGUCGGCUAUCUCGAGCAGCGAGGGGCGGAGUCGACGAGGCCACGUUCGAGCGAGCGCCAGGGGUCGUACGCCGACUUACAACGGUUGCGCAAUGAGUCGCGCGAGAGACUGGAUGGGAUAGUGCCAGCUUCGACACAGUUAGAUGAGACAGUGGCGGAGGCAGAUGGAGUUCACUUACGCAGACGGGCAGAUAGAAGAGAUGGCCCCGAUGCAUCUUCUUAGGGUAAUCGCACAAUAUCAAGCUCAAGGCCACAUCUCGAUGCUCAGCUGAAUGUUCAUUCAACGCACAAUCCUCAGGGUAUACAUACUGUACAUAGCAGUAUAAUAUGUACUCCUCACCAUUCUAGUACUCAAUCAACGCGUUAUAGCUUACAUCGAUCUAUUGCGAUAACGGCAUGUGGUUCCAGCGUGGACAAGAGCACAAGCAUGAGAAGCAUGAGCUUGGGGAAAGGACAUAUGAG